GUGCAGAAUCAAGAGAACGCGUGAUAUUUUAACAUGUCUUUAAUUCCACGAUUUUUCGACGAACGUCCUUUCAGGAUGAUGGAACGUGAUCUGCUUUCCCCAAACUUUUACUUACCAAACUUUAACCAGAUGGUACCGCGAGAACUAUUCCAGCCCUGGUCAGCUAGGCCAUGGGAAGACAUGUGGAGACAGAUGGAGCAGCUCUCAUCUACAAUGAACCAGUUAGCUCUGGAAGGAACGAAGAUUUCAUCGGAUGGUGAAAAAUUCCAAGUGAACGUCGAUGUGCAGCAUUUCGCCCCGGAUGAAAUAAACGUUAAAGUUGGUGAUGGAUUUGUGACUGUUGAAGGAAAACACGAGGAAAAGCGUGAUGAGCAUGGAUAUAUUUCUCGCCAGUUUGUCAGACGGUACGCGCUGCCGCAAGGCUGUCUACCAGAUACAGUGGUAUCCAAACUUUCUUCUGAUGGCGUGUUAACCGUCACAGCUCCAAAAGUACUUCCAUUACCAUCAUCCGGCGAAAGGAUCGUCCCUAUAACCCACACUGGUCCUAUUAGAAGACAAAUAGGAUCAUCCGAGUCGGAACAACCAAAAGUCGAGGAGGCAAAAUGAAGUGUGUCAUAAAUAUUAUUUAUUUAAAGACUGAAUGUGCGCCU